CAACUAUACUUGCCUUGCCCUCUUUUCAUUGAUUGCAUACUUACAUUUAACAUUUAAAUACCGUACCGACCAACUAACACCCCAACUAUCGAUCCACCGGUGCCCUAAUUUUAUAAUAGUGGUCCAAAAUUAUCCUUCAACCGUUAACUCUUUCACUAUGGCCAAUAUCAUCCCACAUGGCCUGCCAUUUGGGUAAAGUGGACAUCACGCGACAUAAUAUCUCACCACCCAACUUCAUUUUGAAAUUGCAUUUACUUCUUUUUUCUGAUCCAUUUUAGAUUCCUUUAUCCUUCGGCUUAGACUCUUGAAUGGCAAAAAUGAAGAAUCACUAAGCUUACAAGGAGAGCCAGAGGUCAACUCAAGCAUUAUGUCUGGGGCUUUUCAUAGAUUUAUGUUUGAUUGGUUCUUACAAGGAAUUAUAAACAGCAUUUUUUAUUUCUAUAUUGCUGUCUAUGGAGCGCUAGUCUAUAACCAAAAGUUGCUACUCUAGAAGGUAUUGAGGGAGGGGUAAACUGGGGGUUAGGGUGGUGAGGUGGAAUGACACGUAGCGUCCACUUCACCCAAAUGUCAAGUUAUAUGGUAUGGUGGUGGCCAUGGUGGAAAGGUUAACGGUUGAAAGGUAAUUCCAGACUAUUUUUAUAAUGUCGGGGCACUGGUGGACUGCUAGUAUAACGGAUGGCAAAAUUAAUCAUUUUCGAAUAGUAGAGGGGUAAAUUUAACCCUUUUUUGUUGUUAUAAAAUAGUGUACUUUGUCUUAAUUGCUAAGACUUAUUCACAGAGGCGGAGACAGAAUUUGAACCUUAUGAGUUCGGAAUUGUAAUCCUUCUAAGUUACCGGGUUCUAAAUUAAUAAGUUGUACAUUUCAAGGGAUUUCUUAAGACAAAUACAUGGUUUGAACAAAGCUAGUGGGUUCGGCCGAACCCGCAUCCCGUACUCUACCUCCGCCCCUGCUUAUUCAGACAACAGAAACAAUGAAAGUGACAGUUAUUAGCAAAAGAUUAGUAAAAUAUUUAACGCCUAACCUAGACAUCGGGAACAUUGAGCCCAGAAUGCAACCAGAUGUUUCUAAUGCCAAAAAAUGAAUGUUAACUGAUGAAGAAGCUACGGUUGAUUUGCUAAGCAAAUUAUAAGAGUACUGUAUCAUAUGGUAAGACUGCUUGGUUAGGUCUUUUCUCAUUUUCAUGCUUGAGAAGCUAUUGUAAUAUAUUGUCAUGUGAGAGAAUUUGUCUUAAUUUCAUUUUUCCACCAAUUUAUCUAAGUAUUCGUACAAGAGGACCCAAUAUUCCGAAGAUUCAAUAAAGAAAAUAACUGAAAACCCGAAAAAAUUAAAUUAUUUAUUAUACAAAAACAUCUCUUGCAAUUUCAGUAACAAAUGCAAAUGUUUAAAAAAUUGGAUUGCCAAAAUAUUUUUUCUUAAAAAUCAAAUCGCCUUCCCUCUUCCCCUCCACGCUCAUGUUUAUAGUUUCUUAUGGUCGGACAUAAAAAUUUGUAUGAAUACCAUUUUAGCUUUUGAUCAAGUUACAUAUGCUUCAUCUUUAAUGCAGAGUUAGGAUGGAUGAGAAUUGUCUUUGGGUUCUUCUUUAGUGCUUGAAGUUUCAAACUCUAUGGGCUUGACCCAAGAUGAAACUUUGGCCCUCUGAUGGCCCGUCCACUUUCAGCCCUCUUGAUAAGCAAAUGGGGCAAAUAUCACUUUUAGCCAGCGGCCGAUGGGAACCUUAAAAAUCCAAAACUGCCCUAAACUAUUUUUUGGUAACUUGAAAAUUUAUGAUUUUUUUUUUCAUAGCAUGACCAUAUUUCAUAAACAAAUAAUGUCUUCAAUUUUUUUUUUGAAAAAAUAAAGCCAAAAGGGAGAUUAAUGGUUGGCACUACGUAGUGUCCAUAGUAAUAUCUGAGGGUUCAAAGGCACAAUUUCACUUGUUUCAGAAACUUGCCUGUGUCUUAUAAUUAAUUGACAAGAGCUACUAGACAAUACCACGAAGCUUUUGAGACUCUACGCACUGGUGAUGUGAAACCAACAGCAUAAGCCAAAUCUGUGGCUAAUUCAUACCUAUAAAAUAGGAACUGCGCGACUGUGAAGCAACACCCUCAUUACAUAAGUACAAAACAAUAGCCCUCUGUUUUAUUAAGGAUCCCUCCUAUAAAAACCAUGUUCCUCUAACACAUUCUCCACAAUUCAACUAUUACUACUUCUCUAGUCUACCAAUCAAUCCGAAAAUUUGCAUAACUAUGGCAUUUUCUAUGAAAACAUAUAUGCCAAUCUUCUCCUUAUUCAUUUUGACACUUGCUCUUUCUUGUAAUGCUGGUGGAAUUUCUAUUUACUGGGGCCAAAAUGCAAAUGAAGGAACUCUAGCAGAAACUUGUGCCACGGGAAACUACGAAAUUGUGAACAUAGCAUUUCUAGCAACUUUUGGCAAUGGCCAACAACCUACGAUAAAUCUUGCCGGUCAUUGUGAUCCAAGUCUUGGCGAGUGCACCAAAUUAAGUUCAGACAUAAAAUCGUGCCAAUCAAAAGGAAUCAAAGUGAUCCUAUCAAUUGGAGGUGGCGCUGGAUUUUAUUACCUUUCCUCUGCUGACGAUGCUAGGGAAGUUGCUACUUAUCUUUGGAACAACUUCUUAGGAGGAGAAUCGAGGACUCGUCCUCUUGGCAAUGCUGUUUUGGAUGGAAUAGACUUUGAUAUUGAAGGUGGAACAAAUCUAUAUUGGGAUAUUUUGGCCAAGUCACUUUCUGCAUAUAGCAGUAUGGGAAAAAAGGUGUAUUUAACAGCAGCCCCGCAAUGCCCAUUCCCUGAUGCUUGGAUUGGAAAUGCAUUAAAAACAGGGGUUUUCGAUUACGUUUGGGUUCAAUUCUAUAACAAUCCUCCUUGUCAAUACAGUUCUGGUGAUAUUAACAAUCUUGAAUCUGCAUGGGAACAAUGGACUUCAGAUAUUCCGGCUACAAAGAUUUUUCUGGGAUUACCAGCGGCUCCUGCAGCCGCGGGGAGUGGAUUUAUUCCAGCUGAUGAUCUCACUUCUCAAGUUCUUCCUAAAAUAAAAAGCUCAGCUAAGUAUGGUGGAGUUAUGCUGUGGUCUAAAUACUAUGACGAUCAGACUAAUUAUAGCUCCUCAAUCAAGAGUGAUGUCUGAAAUGGUGAGCCAUAUGUUAAGUCUUUUUAGUGACUAUAUACGUGCUUGGGGAAAAUACAUAUGUAU